AUGAGUGGAACAGGCUCAAGUUUGAACCUAACGGGUUCAUGCUAUGGUGCCAGUUUCACCUCAAAUAGUCACAAUUCACCCAUAACACCUCGAACUAUGCUUCAUCAGGAUUCCAAUGGUGGAUUGAAUUAUAGUUCUUUGACGAUGCCGACAAACGCAAAAGGACAAAGAUUAAGUGGGAAUUUCUUGAAAGGUGUUAGAUCACCCUCAACAGAAUUUGGUAUAGAAAUGGACAAAUAUUCACCAAAUCCCCACAAUUUUUUAAAUAACAAUACUAGUCAUGGUGUAUCAAGUAAUAGUAUAUGUCAUUCCAACACCAACAAUACCGACGUCGAAAGUGGAAUAGGAAUGGAAUCACUAGUAAAAGAAUCAUAUAAAUUUCCCCUACCAUUUCUAAAUUCCAAUGAAUCUGAAUUAUAUAAGAUUGAUAUUGAAAAUCCAUUAGUUUGGAAUAAUCUACCGAUUGAUGAAAAUAUUGAAAUGACAUCAAGUAAAGAUAAUCGACCAAAGAAACCAACAUUUAUUCAAAAAUAUAGGUCUGGAAUACCAAAACAUUUAGAACUGGAAUAUUUAUCACAUCAUUUUUAUAGUUCAAUUAAUUUAUUACGAGCAGCCAAUAUUAUGGGAAUGGCUGCAAUUAUAUACGAUGGAUUCCAAGCAGGAAUGAAGACUAAUAUAGAAUUAAUUAUUAUUAGAGUGAUCUGUUUGGUCAUGUUGGCUACAUCGAUUACUCUAUCGUUUUUAAAGAAUAAGAUCUACUAUCGACGAUCAUAUGUACCAUUGUUUAUUAUAUCAUAUACAGCUUUUUAUUUAACAUUUAUGCUCGAGUACACAGGUUCUCUGACAACACUUGUAUUGUUUUUGUAUGCAGUUUUAUUCUGUAGUUUAUAUGCACUGGGAUGUCUCAUGACACGUUGGAUCAUCUGUUUAAAUCUAAUCGUAGGAAUCAUGUUUAUCAUCUUUCUACUUUCCUACCAGGUUCUCGAUACCAAUAAUUUGAUAUCAUAUAUUAUUUACAUUGUAUUAAUAUUCCUUUUGGGUGGAAUGAAUUUAUUUGUAUUGGAGCAGUCUAGAAAAGAUGCAUUUUUAGAUAGUAAGAAUUUACAAAAGAAAACAGAAUCUUUGAGAAUGGAAAAAGCGAGAUCAGAUCAACUCUUAAAUAGUAUACUACCUGAUUUCGUGAUAAAGUUGAUGAAUGAUAUGCCAAAGGGUGUCAGUCAAUCCGAUCAAAUGAUAUCAAGGGAUUUUCCAAAUUGUUCUCUGCUGUAUUGCGAUAUUGUAGAUUUCACCAAUUUGGCAUCCAAGGUGGAACCUAGUGCAUUGGUUCGUCUGCUCAACGAGGUAUUCUCAGAGUUUGAUAGAGUCGUAGAAGAACACAACUGUGAGAAAAUCAAAACCGAUGGUGAUGCCUAUCUAUGUGCUGGUGGACUGACCAUCGAAAACGAGAAUCAUUUCAACUCUAUCAUUGAAAGUGCUCUAACAAUUUUAAAUCUUCGAAUUUUAAAAGAAAAUUGUUUAAAAGUUCAAGUUAAAUUAAGAGUUGGUGUUGCGAGUGGAUCUGUUAUUGGUGGUGUUAUUGGAUGUGAGAAAUUCCAAUUUGAUGUUUGGGGUGAAGCGAUUGCCAAAGCUCAUGUUUUAGAGGAGACAGGACAGGCUGGAAAGAUUCAUUUAUCAAAGAGCGAUUUGGAUAAAUUGAUCAAGAAUGCCUACCAUAUCGAGGAGAAUAAUGAAACACAACUUGGCGAAAAGACAUUCUUUAUCAUUCCGGAAACAGUCGACUUUUCAACGUAUCAACAAACUCCAGAGUCACAACAGGUAACCUUGAAACAAAGCUGUGGUGUUAGCAAUGAAAACAACAACAACAACAGCACUACUGAACCAAGUGGGAAUAAUAAUAACAAUGACUAUAAUAUCUACAAUUGUAAUACGAACAACGAUGGAAAUAUUGUAUCGAUUGAAUCGAAUACCGGUGGCGGUGGUGUUGAUUCGGAACUCUCUCUACCGGUGGACUCUCUCGAUGCCAGCGAAUCUCAGAACAACCCCUGCGAGAAACGACAGAGAUUCGCCAUCAUUGCCAACGAUCUGCUGACCAAGAUUGGAAUCAAGUGGAAUGGAACCGAUCUCUAUUCUUUGAGUACUACGAUGCGCAAGGAUCUGUCGGAUGUCGAAAAGAUAUUCAAAGACUACACGAAAUUCAAUCGAUGGAUUGUCCAAUUUCGAAAUUGGAGCGUGGAGAAAGCCUACCACGAAUAUGUGAUCGAAAAUACUCUGAUAGAGACAAGGAUAUUUUUGUUUUUCGGUGUUUUCAUACAUUUUAUCUUUUUUAUCGACGAUCGACUGAUGUCCUCCAAGGCAUUCAGUAAGCCUGUCAUCUACCAAGCAUCAUUCCUCCUGCUCCUCAUCAUCUUUUGUAUUUCUACUAUUAUCGAAUUUAUACGCUAUGGAAAUCCAUUGGCUAGAUCAUCUCUUACCCGAGUACUGCUAACUCUUUUAUAUGCAAACUUGUUCUAUUCUUUAAAUUUUGUAUUUGUAACUCUUUUAAAUAUAUUAGUAUUUUCUACCUUUUUACUAGUUGCAUUUUAUUUGGAUCCAAAGAGACUACCUAAUCAUAUCUAUCCAACUGACUAUAUAGGUGGAUUUGUUGUUUUGACUAUUCAAAUAUAUUCUUCGUACAUCAUGAAAUUGGGAAUGCGAAGAAUUUGGAUAUUGAAAUCAAAGAUUAAAUUCAAAGGUUUAAACUUAAAGAUGGAAAGAAUGAAAUCAUCAAGACUUUUAGAGAAUAUUAUGCCAGAUGUCAUUUCUAAACAGCUAUUGAAACAGACAAACAAUAGAGGAAGUCGGUUGUUAAUUGCUCAAAACUACAGUAAGGUUGCGGUUAUGUUUAUCAAUAUCACUGGAUUCGACCAGUUGAAACUACCCAGUGGAACAUCGAUUCUAAAGUAUAUGAACUACAUCUUUACAGAGUUUGACAAGCUACUUGGAAAAUAUGAUCUGGAGAAGAUCAAGACGAUUGGAACAACCUAUAUGGUUGUGGCGGGAUUGACCAAGAACCAGGGACAGCUGCCAAAGCACUACGUUGGUAAUCUAGCCGAUAUGGCGCUGACAGCCAAGGCACUGGUUCACCACAGCAACUCGUCGUUGAGCGUUCAAAUCGGAAUCAACUAUGGCUGUUGUGUGGCCGGUUGCAUCGGAAUCCGAAGAGCCAAGUUCGACGUCUGGGGUGACACUGCCAAUAUUGCCUCGCGUAUGCAGACCUCAACACCACCCGGAAAGAUUCAAAUCACAUCGGCAGUGACCAAUUUGCUGCACGACGAGUUCUUCAUUGAGGAGCGAGGUAUCAUACCGAUAAAAGGUCGUGGUGAGAUGAGUACCUACUACCUGUCUGGACGUAGACAACAGCCGCUCACCUACAACGCCAAUAGCAACGGCAGUAACAACAAUGAGAUCAACGAACAUCUUCCACUCCAUUGGUAUAAAAAGACAGUCUAUCAGCCAUCACCUCCACCACCUCCAUCUUACAGUUUACCAAAUGAUAAAGAAUAG